UUGAACGCAACUAACGAACUGCGAUAGCUCGCAUUCGGUAUGACGCCGACAUUAAGCUGCCAGAUAAACCGAGUACGAACCAAACCAAUCGCGCGUCACUGCAGAAUCGUAACAGCCAAUCGAAUUGCGCUGUGACUAGGAUAGCGUGACCCGAACGCAAUCCGAUUCAAGCUGCAUUCGUUACCGCGAGAUGGCGGUCGGUGUGCGCGCCAAUCGUCGCGUCCAUCUCACUGUCGUGCCCAUAUAAUGAUCUUCACAGGGGCAGGAGAAUGAAGUUGAGCCUCUCAUUAAUUGGCGUUUUGAGUUGAGAUCGCUGCGCGAAAGAUAGGUUAAUUCCUCGCCCGGUCGAGAUCGUUGUCGCUCAAAAAGGAAGGUGAGGACGAGGAAUGGGGAAACGAGAGCGAGGCAAUGCCAGGAGAACCGCGCACGCCGAGCUCGGGUGGAGAGCGAGCUGCUUCGAGUGGUGGAGCUUCACCUACUUCCGAGGGAUCCGCUACCGCAUCUCCACCCCGCCUACGCCUUAACGCAAGUCUAGCUACCGAUCCAGCGCUUGCACCUCAAGCAACGACACUAAAGCAUGAGCCACCCUCGCCGUCUCCACCGCCUGCUCCAGCACAGCAAGCGAGAGAUUACGGCUUAGCUCUUACGGCGGCUAACUUUCCAGCACUGUUUCCCGCAGCCACCGUGACUCCGCCCGGUUACAUGUGCAAGCCUUGUGGAAUACGCUAUUCUUCACUGAGUACGCUCCAAGCACAUCAAGAACACUAUUGUUCAAAACGCAGAACGAAACCCGAUGGUACUGAAACACCAAUAGAUGCAGCGGGUGAUGAGUCAAGCGGUGAUUCCAAAACGCCGCGACCACUCGGCAAACAAUAUGCGUGCACAUAUUGUUCGUACAGCGCCGAUAAAAAAGUCAGUUUAAAUCGUCAUAUGAGAAUGCAUUCCUCAUCACCGGUAAGCAGUGGGACUCCAGUACCACCACCCACAUCAAAUGGCGAAACUGCAGAAGGUCCACCUGCUCAAGAUCGAUAUUGUGUAGAUUGUGAUAUUCAUUUUAGCUCAGUUAAAACAUACCGAGCUCAUAAAGCUCAUUACUGUAAUACCAGACAAGUUGUCAAACAAGCAUUGGCAGCGGCCAGGGCGGGAUCUGCAACAUCGGGCUCCGCGCCACCGUCUCCUGGGGCAACUCCUCCUGCUCAAAACCAAUAUGCAUUAGCUUUGCCAACAAAUCCGAUUCUCAUAGUUCCAUAUUCAAUUUUAAGAAGUGCUAGCACACUUCCAGGUACUACAUUACCAGAUCCAGAUACGCCUUGCUUUUUAUUACCAAAUGGAACAUUUCAACCCAUUAGUCGAGCGUUGCCGAAUAUGAAUCCAGAAGUAAAAGAACCUGAAGUUUUGAAAUCGGCUAAUAGACCACGAGAGCCAUCUCGAGAUGGCGCCACACCUUUAGAUCUGAGCGUUCGUCGAUCUCCGGAAUCUGUUACAACUGAUGAACACGAAAAGGAGAACCGGAUGCGUUCUACGACCCCGGAACAAAUAGUUUGCGCUCCAUCGCUACCAGGAUCUCCUGGUACUCCAUCUCCUUCUAGAAGAUCUUCUUCGCCUAGUGGAGAAAAUUCACCUAAGAGACGCCGUCGUAAUUCAAGAGGACCCACUCCUAAGCCACCAAGUGUGCCUUCUCCUCCAGAAGAAAAAUUUACACCAGUUGUCCCUCCUCCGAUUUUACCCCCUGCUUUGGCUUUACGACUAGCGACAGAAUUACCCGUAACGUCACCACAAGUAUUGGUUAAACAAGGAGUAUCAAAAUGUAAAGAGUGCAAUAUAGUAUUCUGCAAAUUUGAAAACUAUCGUAUACAUAAACGUCACUACUGCUCUGCUGGUGGAGGGGAAGAAAGAGCUAGUCCAGCACCACCGGAGCCUGGUCCACCACCACAGUACCGCCAACUUAUCUGCUUGGCGUGUGGAAUACACUUUAGUUCCCUAGAUAAUUUGACCACUCACCAAUCAUAUUACUGUACGAAAAGAGAGACUCGAUCGCCUCGAAGCAUUCCUGAAGUGCCGCGACCUGCUUCAGGAUCAGACGGUGGACGGAAAUGUCCAUGUUGUGAAGUAGUGUCUCCCACGACGGCAGCAGCGCAACGCCAUUUGGAAUCACAUGCCGGUGUCAAAGCGUUCCGCUGCACGAUUUGCCGAUACAGAGGAAACACGCUACGUGGUAUGCGUACUCAUAUACGCAUGCAUUUCCGCGACAAGCCGGCUGAUCUUCAUGAGGAGAACUACAUCUCUUGUAUACAGGAAGAAGAUAAUCGGGAGACAACAUCUCCAAACCCAGCGGUGGGCGAGCGAGUCUACCGGUGUGGGUCCUGUGCCUACACGUCUUCAUACCGUGGCAAUCUUGUAAGACACGCGCGUCUUGUUCACGCCACCGAAGACCCAGAACCAGAAGAGCAAACAUCUCCCAUCCCUCCCGCUGAUAUUAAGAAAGAACCAGAAACAGACGAAGAUACUCCUAACUUCUGCAAAUCCUGCAACAUAUCUUUCAAGUACGUCAACACGUACAAAGCACACAAACAGUUUUAUUGCACUGCUGCUAAUCAAGACGCUGCUGCCAACAAUAAUGUCCCAGCAAGGGUCAACGAUGCGCCUGUUGUAUGAAAUGGUUUAACAUUCAUAUAUAGAUAUUCCAGCGGUCAUAAUACAGAGUUAAUUAAAUACAAGAUCUUUAACUCAACAUGGACGCUGUUCAAACAAGCCAACAAAAUUUUUCUUAAUAUCCUUUCUUGGCUUACAUUGCUUCCAAUUGUUAUUAAUAAAAGUGUAUAUCCACUCGUUUCUUGAAAUUAUAAAAAACUAUGUGCAAUAAUUUAUAAAAUAUAUAAAAUUUAAUUCGAUAUAAGCCACUUGUAUUGCAUAUCAAGGCCAAAUUGAUUUUUUGACGUUUAAUUAUUUUCGUUGUGUGAAUGAAUGAAUGAAAUCUCGGCUAAUGUACAUAGAGCCCACGUUUAGGUUUGUUAUAAUUAUCUUGUUAUGUAAAUUAAUUACUAGUUAAAAGGUUAACCUCUUCGUCAUUGUAUUAGUAUACGUUAAAAUACCAAAUUGUAAAUAUUUGUAAAGAUAUUAUCGCAUUAUAACUAAAUUUUAUUACCAUUUGUUUCUAAGUGAUUGUUCUUUCUUUGUUGUUAAUUUUGUUUAUUAUUAAUAGAAUCUUAGAUGAACUUUAUCCAAUAUUUGCUUAAUAAGCAAUAGAAUGCUCAUUCCAUUUGUAUUAACCAGUGGUUUUUACAUUACUUCUGCUAAUUAAUGACACUACAUACAAGCUUACGUAACAAUUCUUAAAAUUAUUACAGUACCUACAUUCCAAAAACAAUUGAAUGUAUUUGAAUGUCAAACUUACACAACUUUAAAUUAAGAAAAAUUAAAAAGAAAAGUCUUAGGAUCGAUGAUCAAUAAUAGUUAUUAUCCAUGUAGUGUCAUUAAGUUUAAAUAAAACUAAAUAACGCUCUUGCGCGUUUGUACCUAACGGCACUUUUGAUUCCACCAAAUGGUCCCUUAGUUCGACUUCAAAUAAUAACUUUAAAAUAUAACUAUAAUUCACCUCUGUAAUCUAUUGUAACGGUUAUAGACAAUUUUAUUUUACUAUAUUUAUAAAAUUGAUUUUUAAAAUAAUAUCGCUUAGAAUCAUUAUAAAAAUAACAUACAUAAUUUUAUUCUGGUAUAGUUUUUGGAAAUCACGAUGCAAUGUUGUCAAUGUUUACUAUCAAAAUAUGAUAAAAGAUAAAAAACACCCUAACCCCACAUUCAACUCUGUGUCAAUAUUGCUGAAACUCAUUUGAUAGACCACUUGGUUUCGAUGCUCGAGGGAAGCAUACAAGUUCCACCUGCAUCACAGCUUAAAUUAGAUUUUUAAUUUAUAAAUAGUAUUGUUAUGUUUAUUACUCAUUAAAGAGGUGAAUUAUAGAUAUUUUAUUGUGAGAUGAUUGCUAUUAUGUCAACACUCCAUCAUUUCUUCUAGUUUGUCCAACACUGGCUAGUAAUAUAAAAUAAAUUUAAAUGGAAGAAACAUAUAACAACACUAUAAACGUCAUUCUAAUAGUAGGUAGGUAAUUAUAAAGAGAUUACCUCUCUUUUAGUAAGAAGUUCACGCAAAAUACCAUGUUUUGUCAAUGCCAAAGCAUCGCUAGAUUAUUGUAAUUUGCAUUUAUAGGUAUCUCACUAAUUAUAGUAAUAGGAUUAAGUAAAUAAAAGACUUAUUCCGUAGAUAUACAUAUUAAAUUUGUGUAUUCAUAUUGUGUUUGUCUUUAAAUUGGAAUAAGUCUCGAAUUUUCCAACUUUCGGAUAAAUGGCCGUAUUGUUGAUUUUCGGACGUAACCAAUCAGUUCGUGACGUAAUUAUUUGUUGUUAAGUCGUUGACAAAACAGUACAGGUGGACUAGAGAUAUUAUAAUAUUUAUUUUUAAUAUAUUGUAUAUUUUUCUUUUACUACUCAAACUUUAUUCUAAAAAAAAACCUUUUUUUUUUCUUUUAAAAAUAUACUUUGUCUACGACUUAAACGGUACUACGUAAAUGUAUCAUGACAUUAUACCAAUAAAGCAACAUAGCAUCUGAUGUGUCGUGCCAUAAUCAGUGUUUUAAAAAAAUAGUUUUUAAAUGUAUGAUAUUCUCGAAUAAUAUUACGGCUAAAGUUAUCAGGUAUCAUGUCAAUAAACUAAUCGUUAAUCAAAUUACAUUUCAAUACAUUUUUAAUGUCGAUACGCCUAGUAACAUCGGCCAAAUUAUAAUGUUGAUAUAAUAUGCCACGAUAGUGUAACCAUUAUAUGAUGUUAUUAAAAUGAUAAUACAUAGUUACGCGGUAAACACGCGUACAAUGAUAUUGUAAAAUACGCCAGACAAUAAAUUAUUAUUUAUCACAUAUUAA